GGUGACGCGGCCUCGCAGAUCUUCUACUCACUGGGCUGUGCCUGGGGUGGGCUCAUCACCAUGGCCUCCUACAACAAGUUCCACAACAACUGCUAUCGGGACAGCAUCAUCAUCAGCAUCACCAACUGUGCCACCAGUGUCUAUGCCGGCUUCGUCAUCUUCUCCAUCCUGGGUUUCAUGGCGAACCACCUAGGUGUGGAUGUCUCCAAGGUGGCUGACCAUGGCCCUGGCCUGGCCUUCGUCGCCUACCCUGAGGCCCUCACCCUGCUCCCCAUCUCGCCCCUCUGGUCCAUCCUCUUCUUCUUCAUGCUCAUCCUCUUGGGGCUGGGCACACAGUUCUGCCUGCUGGAGACGCUGGUCACGGCCAUUGUGGACGAGGUGGGCAACGAGUGGAUCAUCCGCAGGAAGACCUUUGUGACGCUGGGGGUGGCUGUGGCAGGUUUCCUGCUGGGUGUCCCACUCACCACGCAGGCGGGCAUCUACUGGCUCCUGCUGAUGGACAACUAUGCCGCCAGCUUCUCCCUGGUCAUCAUCUCCUGCAUCAUGUGCGUGGCCAUCAUGUACAUCUACGGACAUCGCAACUACUUCAAGGACAUUGAGAUGAUGCUCGGCUUCCCUCCCCCGCUCUUCUUCCAGAUCUGCUGGCGCUUCAUCUCACCCGCCAUCAUCUUUUUCAUCCUGGUCUUCACAGUAAUCCAGUACCGGCCCAUCGCCUACAACGAUUACGUCUACCCCACCUGGGCCAUCAGCAUCGGCUUCCUCAUGGCGCUCUCCUCUCAUGCCAUCUACAAACUGUGCCGCUCUGAAGGGGACCCGCUGCUGGAGCGGUUGAAAAAUGCCACCACGGCAAGCAAGGACUGGGGCCCAGCGCUGCCCGAGCACCGCAGCGGGCGCUACGCCCCGGCGUUCAGCCCC